UUGAGGAGGCUAGCAGGCCUAUAGGACGGAAACACAUGUGGCGCUGCGCAUGUUAUUGUCAUGUGCGACAUGUAGCUUGUUAACUGUAGCGACUGGUUUAUGUGUAUUUUCAUAUAUACAGCUAUUGUGUUAAAAAUGGCCGCAGCAGUGGCGACGCCUGUCACCUCCACGGAGCUCGACCACGACCGGUGCGGGAGCGAGGAGGAGAGCCGCGGCGCGGAGGAGGAGAGCGGUCCGCAGCAGACAGGCCCCCCGGCCGCAGUGAGCCACAGCCGGCUGUCCAAACUCCCGCUGUCCCGCAUCAAGGCGAUCAUGAAGACCGACCCGGACGUGUCCCUCGCCAGCCAGGAGUCAGUGUUCAUCAUCGCUAAAGCCACAGAACUGUUUGUUGAGAUGAUUGCCAAAGACGCCCUGGUGUACGCCCAGCAAGGGAAGAGGAAAACUCUGCAAAGAAAAGACUUAGACAAUGCAAUAGAGGCCAUAGAUGAAUUUGCAUUUCUUGAAGGCACUCUGGAUUAAAGACCGCUUCAGGAGACCAAUAAGACAUUGAAUAUCAGCAAACAUCCAAGAAACUCUCCAUCACAGGGACACAUUUUACUGUGGAAAACUUUCUGGUACUUUUCUAAGACACUCUCUGUCCACAAGUUGCAGUUGCUGUUUGUAAAUUCUUUUCUAUAAUGUGCCAUUAAGAGUUGUCAUACUUUGAAAACAUCGAUGGUGAUGUGUACAUUAUUUGUAUAUACUUGAAUACUGCACAGUGGAAUAAAUUUAAGUUUAAAACCUUAAA